AGUUCACAGCCGGGUGACCUGAUUGGCUGGCGGAGGAUGAUGGGGUCUGUGACGGACAGCAGGUGUUUACAUAUAGAGCUCCUCUGACCGACAGUUGUCUCCCCCUCUCAUCCAACAACACGUCUUCUUCCUCUUCUGCAACACAGGCGCUGCUCACUCGCUGCCCUCGAUCUGCACCAACAUGAGUCUAAAAAAUGUUGUUUACAAGAAGAUUUGCAAGGACAAUUCGGUUGGAGUCUACAUGGGGAGAAGAGACUUUGUCGACCGUGUUGACUCCGUGGAUCCAGUGGAUGGCGUCAUCAUCAUUGAUCCUGAGGCUCUGCAGCGGAGGAAAGUGUUCGUCACCCUGUCCUGCACCUUCCGGUACGGCAGAGACGACAUGGACGUGAUGGGAAUCGCCUUCCGCAGGGAGCUGUACAUGUCCACCCGCCAGGUGUACCCGCCUCUGCAGGACCUCGAGAAGGGAGUCCACACCAAGCUGCAGGCCAAGCUGCUGCACAAGCUGGGCAACAACGCCUACCCGUUCUUCUUCGAGUUUCCUGACAACCUGCCUUGCUCAGUGGCUCUCCAGCCAGGGCUCAAAGAUGUCGGCAAGCAAUGUGCCGUGGAGUUUGAGAUCAAAGCGUUCAGCGCUGAGAGCCAGGACGCUAAGGUACGCAAACGGAGCACAGUGAAGCUGUUGCUCAGAAAAGUCCAAUACGCUCCAGACAGCGAGGGAGUGCAGCCCUCUGUUGAAACCAUGACGGAUAAACAGAUACACCUCAAGGCCAGUCUGGACAAAGAGAUUUACUACCACGGUGAGGUCAUCAAAGUGAACGUCAGCGUCACAAACAACUCCAGCAAAGCCAUCAAGAACAUCAUCGUCUCUGUGGAUCAGAUCGCCAAUGUGGUGUUGUACUCCAAUGACAGCUACGUCAAAUCUGUGGCCAUCGAGGAACCCGGGGAUUCGGUGUCUCCCGGAGCGACUCUGCAGAAAGUCUACAAGCUGCUGCCUCUGCUGGCCAACAACGCUGAGAGGAAGGGCAUCGCUCUGGACGGCAAACUGAAGCAUGAAGACACCAACCUGGCAUCAACAAGCAUUAUCAAGGAAGGUGUUCUGAAGGAAGUUAUGGGGAUCAUGGUUUCAUACAGAGUCAUGGUGAAGCUCAUCGUCGGAGGGAUAAUGGGAUCAAGUGAGGUCGGCCUGGAAGUUCCCUUCAAACUGAUGCAUCCUAACCCUGAUGCAGUCAAGGAGAAUGAGACGGAGGACGAGCUGCAGUUCCAGGAGUUCAAGCGCUGCGACCUGAAGGGGAUGAUCGAUGACGAGGACGAAGAUGGAAACGUGUCGGGCGGUGACGACAUGGAGCCCAAAGAGAAAUAAAGCAGAAUGACGGAGAGUCGGCCAGAGUGACGACGGCUGAAACUAAGACCGCUGGAAGUUUAAGUCGCCUCUGAAUUUUAGACUUCAUUAAAAAAAGCUUUAGACUUAAUUAAAGGAACAAGCUUACAUGUUAGCAGGCAGCUACUUAUUUCCACAUCCAGCAGGCACAGAGCAACAUGAUCAUCCCGUAGGAGUGGUGUCUAAUAUAAGUAUAAUAUAAUAUUAUAAAAUAUAUAAAUAUAAACGCACUGACUUAACGUGCAGACGUCAUCGUCUGAAUGUGUCUUGGAUAAUAAUAUUGAGGCUGGAAGCUAAUUAAAAGCAGUUUAAUAAUGUAGCUAAAUCU